CAUCCUCUGGGCUCAAGGACAGGUCACGCCAAGCAGAUGGGGGCUGUACCUAGCUUUCUUUCUCUUCUGUCGGAAAUACUAUUGAAAAAUUUACAUGCGUCCUCCCCACUUUUCCGGUGCUUUUGCGCAUGCAUCCGCCAAAGCCGCCUCGAACUCAACGGAAUCAAGGACGUCGGGGGCAGGCACCAACUCUUUUGGCAACCAUUGCAAUGGCCCCUUGUACGUGCGACAGUCAGGAUCAUGGCAACGCUGGUACAAGCACCCCCGUCUUAAGUCCACGACAACCAUCGUGUGGUUGCUUUUGUGGGCCCGGCCGAUCCGGUGGCACCAACGGUUGCCGCCCACCUGAAAAGUCAGCAUGCUGGACGGCAGGAAAGUCGGGGGUAGGGUCCCCUCUCCCUGGCGUGCCUGAGUCGG